AUGCGCUUCCACUCCGACUUGACUCACUCCCUCCCUCCCUCAACCUUCACCUUCACCUCUCCUUCCAACACCCCCACAACCACCUAUACAAAAAUAGAACCGAUGUUCACACAAUUGACUCUGCGCGCUCUACGCGCCACACGAACGCCCGCAUCACAACCCUCGAAAUACCUGAACUUCACCUCCAACCUCCACCCGCUCACCCUCUCACGCCUAAGAACACCAGCACCCCAAAUAGCAUCAAGAUGGCUCACACUAUCAACCACCCCCAGAACCAGACUCCCAUUACAUCUCCACUCAAACACAACCCUUCCACAACCAACACAACGCCCAUUCACCUCAACGCCAAGGUCUUCAUUCCACACCUCCACAAAAUCCAACUACCAAUACCAACCCCGACCAAACUACAACCGCUUCAACGGCCGCGGCGGGGGUGGCAGCGGUAACUCACAACGAGGCUCAAUAUUCUACACCCUCCUCGCAAAGUCCAAACCGCAACACUUUGUAAUCAUCGGAAUCGGAAUCUCAGGAAUCUACCUAUACAAUACAGACGUGGUAGAAAUGACCGGUCGACGACGCUUUAAUUGUGUCUCCGCGGAGCGCGAAUUGGCCAUGGGCGCCGAGAGUUAUCGGGAGGUUCUUGCAUCGGAGCGUGGGAAGGUUUUACCUGAUUAUCAUCCUUUGACUAAGAGUGUUGAUCGCGUUUUGCAGAGGCUUAUUCCUAUGGCGGAUAUUGAGGGUGCGGAGUGGAAAGUUCAUGUUAUUAAGGAUGAUGGGAUGGCUAAUGCGUUUGUUUUGCCAGGAGGCAAGGUAUUCGUCUACACGGGCAUUCUACCAAUCUGCCAAGACGAAGACGGUCUCGCCGCCGUCCUAGGCCACGAAAUAGCGCACGUCGUAGCGCGCCACCCAGCCGAACGCAUGAGUACCAGCGUUCUAACGAUGGGAACGAUCUUCCUUGUCUCGAUGCUAUUCGAUGUCUCGGGAUCAUUAUCGUCCACGCUGGUUAAUUUGAUGUGGAGUUUGCCCAAUUCGCGCACUCAGGAGGCCGAGGCGGAUAAUAUUGGUUUGAUGAUGAUGUCGAAGGCUUGCUUUAAUCCUGAGGCGGCUGUUAAGCUCUGGCAUCGUAUGCAGCAGCAGGAGAAGGGGGCUCCGCCGCAGUUUAUGUCGACUCAUCCGUCUAGUUAUAAUCGGGAAGAGGCGAUUCGGGGGUGGUUGGAGAAGGCGGAGAUGAUUUAUCAGGAUAAUGAUUGUGGGUCGAUUGGGAAGUUUAGUAAGUUUUUGGUCUCUUGA